AUGUCGAUAAGCGAAUAUCGACGGAAUCCCAAGUCAAACACGGGACAGCCGUCUUCUUUGCUCGAGGGUAGGUCCUUAAAGUCAUUUCAUUAUAAUUUUUUUGGAAAACUACAUUUUUUGUGAAACAGUCCGGGUUAUAUAAAAUAAGCCCUAGCCUAGCUCUAUCCCUUAUAUAUUACUAAACAAGUCCAAAAGUCUAUAGAAAAACCGAAGAUCACCGAAUUUUUAGAAUGCCAAGCCUUUUCUCUAGACGACGAGGCCGAGACGGUGCAUGUUCACAUUCCUUCGACUCACAACGGGACCAACUCCAAGACCAAACUCCUAAAACAAGAUGACAAAAAGCCGAACGGACACUCGGUGAUGGACAACCGGUGGUCGAAUCAGGCGACGGAACGCCGGAAUCACGAGAUCUCGCCAUUAACAGACGAAAUCGACCUCGGGCGCGACUCGGAUUCGGAUGAUUUGGACUUGUUACCGGUCGUAACACAAUCGACCGCCAAGAAUAAGGAGUCGAAAAAGAAGUGGCCAAAACUUUUGCAAUGUUGUUCACCUUACUGGGUCCGACCGCGAUGUACCAUCAUGUAA